AUCUUUUCCUGCUUUAUAAAGAACCACCCUUUCUAUAUCACAGACUCUGGACUUAAGAAUCAUUGUCAGAGAGAGCCUCACACCCACAAACUGAAGCAUAGGAAGUCGCCAUUAAAGAGGGGUAAGAAUGACAGAAGGGGACAUCACAACGUUCACUGCCUUGCUUGAAAAAUUUAAUCUUCCAAUGAGCAAUUAUAAGAAACCAAAACUACUGUAUUGCAGUAAUGGAGGGUACUUUUUGCGCAUUCUUCCAGAUGGAGUGGUAGACGGAACAAGAGAUAGAGAUGAUAUGCACAUUAAGAUGCAAUUAAAUGCAGAAAGCGUGGGCGUGGUUUGCAUUAAAAGCACAGAAAGUGAGAAUUAUUUGGCUAUGGAUUCUACAGGACUUUUAUAUGGAUCUCUGACGCUGAGUGAGGAAUGCCUGUUCUUGGAGACUUUAGAAGAAAAUCAUUACAACACAUAUAAAUCAAAGAAAUAUGCAGAACAAAACUGGUUUGUUGGAUUAAAGAAAAAUGGGACCUGCAAGAAAGGUUCCCGGACACACUAUGGUCAAAAAGCUAUUCUGUUUCUUCCAUUACCAGUGUCAAGUGACUAAAGGCUUCCAGCAGCGAUGUUAUCAAGGAAACGACUGACCUGUGUACAAACAAAAAUCCUCUUCUGUGUGGCAUUGCUCUACAUAAUCACACUAAGACUGAUGGCCAGGGAAGUUAUUAAAUGUUUUAUUGCUAUCCACAAUGGAUUCACAUUAUUCACAAACACUGUAGUUUUAAAAUGAUGCACAUUUACUUAGCAGAGAAUACUGUACUGCAUGAAACAUUACAAAAAUAAGUACUACAAAAUCAAUACAGCUGUGAAAUACCUGUUCAUUAAUCAACACUCCAUUAAAUAGUGUGCGUUUAUGAGUAAUUAUUAAUGCUUUAGGAAUGGCUUCUAUUCCAUACAACAUUCUGAGAAAGGGAGGAAUCCCCCAGAAAUGCAAAUAUACUAUAUACAAAUGUGCUUAGUACUCUACUGCUGAACAGACAAUUAUUUAGUGUAUGUUUUCAAUGCAUUUUAAAUUAAUUAGGAUUUUAAUCAGUGGGUUUAUUGUAUUUAUACUCGUUAUGUGCCACCUGUUCCUAAAGGGUCAGAAAAGUGAAUCUCAAAUGAACAGUAGUUUAUUUUAAAGGGACAUGAAACAAUUAUUUUCAUCAUGCAGACAGAGCAUACAGUUUUAAAAACUUUCCAAUUCACUUCUGUUUUAAAAUGUGCGUUAUUCUCUUGGUAUACUUUGUUGAAGGAGCAGUAAUACACUACUGGGAGCUAGCUGAACACAUUGGAUGAGCCAGUGAGAAGAGGCAUAUAUGUGCGGCCACCAAUGAGCAAUAAGCUGCUUUCCAACAAAGGAUACUAAGAGAGUGAAGAAAAUUAUAUAAUAGAGUAAAUUGGAAAGUUAUGUACAAUUGUAUGUUCUAUCUGAAUCAUAAAACAAUAAAAUUGGGUUUUGUG